AUGGCCACGGUGCCGGCGGGCCCCGAUCCCGGCCCCAGGUCCGGUCCCGGCUCUGUCGCCGUCUCGUCGCCGCUUGACCUCCACGCCGUGCCCAUGGUAGCGCUGAACUACGGCGUGCGGCGCCGGCUCGGCCUCUAUCUCAACCCACGGGCGGCGGCGGCCGCCGACUGGACGGCGCUGGCGGAGCAGAUGGGCUGCGAUUACCUGGAGAUCCGGCGGCUGGAGGCGCAGCCCGACCCUACCGCCGCCCUUCUGGAGGACUGGCAGUGCCGCUGCCCCGGCGGAGCCACCGUCGGCCACCUCCUCGACCUCCUUCGCCGCUUGGGCCGCCACGACGUCCUUCUCGACCUGGCCGACAGCGUGGAAGAGGACUGCAAGAAGUACCUGCAGAGGAAGCAGGAGCGGGCUGAGCAGCCGCUCCAAGUGCCUGCAGUGGACAGCAGCGUGCCAAAGACAUCAGAACUGAGGGGCAUCACUACCAGGGAUGAUCCCUAUGGGAAUGGAACAGAGAUGUUUGACGCCUUCAUCUGCUACUGUCAAAAAGACCUCCAGUUUGUCCAGGAGAUGAUCAGGGAGCUGGAACAAACAGAGUUCAAACUGAAGCUGUGUGUAUUUGAUCGGGAUGUCUUGCCAGGAACGUGCGUGUGGUCCAUCAGCGGAGAACUUAUCGAAAGGAGGUGUCGGAGGAUGGUGGUUGUCAUUUCAGAUGAUUAUCUGGAAAGUGAUGAAUGUGAUUUUCAGACCAAAUUUGCUCUUAGUCUUUCCCCAGGUGCUCGUCUCAAACGGCUGAUUCCAGUCAAGUGCAAAACCAUGAAGAACGAGUUUCCAAGUAUCCUGAGGUUCAUCACCAUCUGUGAUUACACCAACCCUUGCACCAAAAAGUGGUUCUGGACCAGACUGGCAAAAUCCCUCCUGCUGCCGUGA